ACACCCAACUACAGUAUAAGCUCUUUCGUGAUCGAUCUCUCUCAUUUUCUUCGAAGAACCCAAAUAGCAUAGCAUCUCUUUCCGUCAAUCCCUUCAAAAUUCAAAAUGAGAAUUCGAGGCUCUGCAUUCAAUCCGUCUUCUUCUUCUUCUUCCUCUUCUUCUUCUUCUUCUUCUUCUUCUCAUCUAUUCUCUUCUACUUCUCCUCCUCCUCCUUUCUCUUCUUCUACAUCUCCUUCUUCAUUGGCUUCAUCUUCAUUGAAUUCCUCACCUUCUAUCGAUUGCAAGACCCGCUGCGAAGGCCUCGACCUCCUCGUGAAGGCCGUCCUCCAUGUCGCUGGCUCUGUCAUCUUCGACAUCCCGUUUGCGCCAGCGAAUGCUAUCAGGAAAGGCAAGAGAACUUUCAGAUUCAAGAGAACCGUUGUAACCGAAAUUCAAAAGGAAAAGGAAAAAAACAAGACUGCAAAGAAGAAGAAAGAUGUGGGAAUUGAGCUGCUUUCGAAACCCAAAAGGCGAAAAAGGCUGCCGGCAUUUCCCACUAAGUACCAAGAUUCGGUUCUACAGCCUUGGAAGCGGCAGACCCGGCGGCGGCGUCUGCUUGAGAUCGACGGAUGAGGCAAAAUUAGCUGAUGAAAUUGGAUUUCAGCAUUCAUUGGUUGAUGCAUGUGAACUUCAAUUUCAGAACUUCUUUCAUCUUUGUUUUAUUUAUUUCAUCAACCAUCAGUUGUGAGGAUUCUGUCUGUUAUUGGGUUGUAGAUGAACUUUGUUGUUAGUAAUGUUAUUAGUUUUGAUGGAGAGUAUUAGAAGCAUUAGAAGUAAUUUGCAGUUAGUAUUAGCUUGAUGAAGUAUAAUAAAAUGCUUGGAUUGAGACUGCACUAUACGUUCCGAAUUUCAGUUUGUGCAAGUGGGGUUGAUCAUUCAGCGAUUGAAAACAUUGAUAUGAUGGGACCCACCGUUACGUCCCAAGAAAAAAAAAUAUAAAAAAAAAUCCUCAUGAUGGUUUGAUAGUCUGUAUACUGAUUGGAGGAAACAGGACUUUGUGAGUAAUUUCUUUCAGACCUUUGGAUUAUGGAAGAGGUGUGAUCAAUACUAUGGAAAAAGGUCUUAUUGGUGUGAAAACAUUUGAUCUAGUUACCCAAUUCGAAUGAAAUUCUAUCAUGACUCGGUUGUUUUGAAAUCCAAAAAAUUGCUAGGGUGUUUGAAAAACUCAAUACUGAGCACUAAUGCUUCAGCAUUAUUGUUUAAAAUUUGACCGAGUGGACUCGCUGGUGGUGUUUAAAAGUUAAGACUGAUUCAAUCAAGA